GGUCGGAUUUUCUGUACACACAUCUCAAUCGGCGGAAGAUCAAUCCACGUCCAACCCACAAAAACAGGCGAUGCUUAAUUUUUGGUAACAAAACGAGAAUUAAACCAAAAUAAGCAGCUAUGGAUUCGUACGAUGUGAUAGCAAAUCAGCCGGUUGUCAUAGAUAAUGGUUCGGGUGUUGUCAAAGCGGGCUUUGCUGGUGACCAGAUCCCAAAGUACCAUUUUCCUAAUUAUGUGGGAAGACCAAAGCAUGUGCGGGUGAUGGCUGGAGCUUUAGAGGGUGACAUGUUCAUCGGUCCAAAAGGAGAAGAGCAUCGUGGUCUGUUGUCAAUCAAAUAUCCAAUGGAGCAUGGCAUAGUAAAAGACUGGAACGACAUGGAGAGAAUAUGGCAGUAUAUUUAUUCCAAAGACCAACUCCAGACAUUCUCAGAGGAGCAUCCUGUGCUACUGACGGAGGCCCCUCUUAACCCGAGGAAGAACAGAGAGAAAGCGGCUGAGGUGUUCUUCGAGACGUUCAAUGUACCGGCUCUCUUCAUCUCAAUGCAGGCCAUUCUUAGUUUAUAUGCGACAGGUCGUACUACCGGAGUGGUCCUAGACUCGGGUGACGGUGUAACGCACGCCGUACCGAUCUACGAGGGGUUUGCUCUUCCUCACUCUAUCAUGAGGGUAGACAUAGCUGGACGUGACGUCACCCGUUACCUCCAGCUGCUGCUCAGAAAAGAAGGUUACAACUUCCACACGUCGGCUGAACUGGAAGUUGUCAAGAUGAUCAAAGAGCGAUCCUGUUUCCUGUCCAUCAAUCCUCAGAAAGAAGAGUCAACAGAUACAGAGAAAUCUCUCUACACACUGCCGGAUGGGAGCACGCUCGAGGUGGGACCAGCCAAGUUCAGGGCACCAGAGCUUCUCUUCAGACCGGACCUUAUCGGUGAAGAGUGCGAGGGACUCCACGAGGUGCUGACCUUUGCCAUCCAGAAGUCUGACAUGGACCUGAGAAGGACCCUGUUUGCAAACAUCGUUCUGUCCGGUGGCUCAACACUCUUCAGGGGAUUCGGUGACAGGCUGCUCAGUGAGGUCAAGAAACUAGCUCCAAAAGACGUUAAGAUCAGGAUAUCGGCACCACAAGAGAGGUUAUACUCAACAUGGAUUGGGGGUUCCAUCUUAGCAUCGUUAGACACCUUCAAGAAGAUGUGGGUCUCUAAGAAGGAGUACGACGAAGACGGUGUCAAAGCCGUCCACAGGAAGACCUUCUAAUGCAAUAGUAGCAAUCUAGAUUAUAGAUCUUAAACAGUAGCGUCCCCUUGUACUCAUUGUAUCAAAGUUGCAGGUUUUUUUCCUCCUUUUUUGACCUUUAGGGAAGUUGGGAAGUAUACAUAAAUUAUAAAUGCAUAUGCUCAGUGCUCUUAAGGCAGGCACCGAGAUGGUUGAUUUCAACCUCGUUCCCAGGGGUGAUCGAUCUUGCCACGCCAUGUUGUCCCAGCACGCCUUGCUUGCUCAUGACCCAUGGGCCUGGUGGCUCGGCCUGGGGUGCGUUUUGGCGGUCGUAACCAAUAACUGUUUCGGUCAUUGGCCAGUGGUUAACCAAUGGCCAAUUCAACCACAACAGUCAUUGGUUAGGACCGUCAAAUUGCACUCCUGGAAUUGGUUCAUUAAAAUGCGCUAGAAUCUGGCACUUUUUACUUAGGCCUGUGGACGAUCCACUCUAUGCGCCCGCUCAAGUAUUGUAACCCGCAAAAGAUGCAUCAAGUCAAAGAGCAAUUGGUCCCCUCCCAGUCUUCUUUGAUCUUUUGAUAUGCUUUACUGUAUGCAGUUUAUGGUGACCAUGUAAAAACAUGAUUCAUUUGAAAUGGAAUCUUGUCAAAGUUCUUGCAUUUUUAAUCUGCAUUUACUAAGCAUCGUGCAAGUGCUCGGAAGUUUUUGGCAAGUGUAGCUUCAAAGAAGUCACCCUUGGGAGCCAAUCAGUAAUGUUUUUAAUUACAUCCCUCCCCGGGGUUAGUGACGAGAGGUAUCAAUAUGACGUGCUCCCCAUGGUAGCGAGGCUUGGUUGAUUCUAGCAAAUUGCUGGAACAGAUAGAGACCAUGGAGGGCUGAAAGUUUGGCAUGGCCAUGAAAUAGCCACAACGGUUGAACUAGUCACAUUGAACCAAGCGAGGGCCACAGGUCAUUAACCAAAACUGUACCUUAUCUGUAUAGAGGGUCGUCUUCACUUUAAAGAAUGUCCUGCACUGAUCUGGGCCCAAUUUUAUAGAGCGGUUUAGCAGGAAGCUAUGCUUAACAAAUUCCUUUGCUAAGCAAGAAAUAAGUCGGGUACCAGUCAAAUCACCAGUUAAAUGUGCAGUAUUUUGGCUGGUUACCAGCUUUUGCUAAGCAUAGCUUGGUUGUGCUUAGCUAGUUUUUUUCUGCUUAUAAGCAGCUUUAUGAAAAUGGGCCCAGUGCAUGAGCCAAGCAUCAAUAGCUGUCCCAUACGCACAUAUUGUUUUUGUUUACUGACAACUGCAAUGUGGUUUUUUUCAUGGUGCGCCAUGCUUCCUAAUCCAAGUUUUUUUUUAAGCUGUAGAAACCCCUUGAUAUUAUUUCCUAUCAUUCGGAUUUUGAAUCCAACUCUGAAAUUUAAUAUUUGAUACAAUUGGAUUCUGAUAGUGAAAAUUUUGGUUUUUAAAGGAACACGUUGCCUUGGAUCGGUGGAGUUGGUCUUUGGACAUUGUUUUGAAACCGUUUG